AAUGAAGGGAACCCUUCAUUACUCGCAGUUAAAACUAGGGGGAGUGGCCGCUCUGCACGUCUUACGUUCCUCUUGCUUACGCAAGGCUGAAACGCCUCCCUUUAUCUAGUUGACAGAGUGCUUUCCUGGCAAGAACUUGCAACACUAUAAAGAUCAUGGCAGUGCCACCUACUUAUGUCGACCUGGGCAAGCCUGCCAAGGACGUCUUCACUAAGGGAUACGGCUUUGGUCUGAUCAAGUUGGAUCUGAAGACAAAGUCAGAAAAUGGACUGGAGUUCACCAGCUCGGGAUCCGCCAACACGGAGACCAGCAAGGUGUCGGGAACGCUGGAGACCAAGUACAAGUGGGCGGAGCACGGCCUCACCUUCACCGAGAAGUGGAACACCGACAACACCCUGGGGACCGAGAUCACGCUGGAGGACCAGCUGGCCAAAGGACUCAAACUGACCUUUGAUUCUUCCUUCUCGCCAAAUACUGGCAAAAAGAGCGGGAAAGUGAAGACGGCCUACAAGCGCGAGCACGUGAACCUGGGCUGCGACGUGCACUACGACAUCAACGGCACGGCCGUGCACGGCGCCGCGGUGGUGGGCUACGAGGGCUGGCUGGCCGGCUACCAGGCCACCUUCGAGGCCGGCAAGAACCGCGUCACCCAGAGCAACUUCGCCGUGGGCUACAAGACGGACGAGUUCCAGCUGCACACCAACGUGAACGACGGCACAGAGUUUGGCGGCUCCAUCUACCAGAAGGUGAACGAGAACCUGGAGACGGCGGUCAACCUGGCCUGGACCGCCGGGAACAGCAACACUCGCUUCGGCAUCGCCGCCAAGUACCAGAUCGACGCCGACGCCGCCUUUUCGGCCAAAGUGAACAACUCCAGCCUUGUGGGCCUGGGCUACACCCAAACACUCAAGCCAGGCAUUAAGCUGACCCUCUCUGCUCUCCUGGACGGGAAGAACAUCAAUGCCGGCGGACACAAGCUGGGUUUAGGACUGGAAUUUGAAGCCUAGGGAGAUCUAGCUGUCAAAUCCUCAACUUCCAGAUAUUUUACUGAAUUAGGUUCCUUCACAACUUGUCUUUCCCUGAGCAGUGUUGGGGUGGGGUGCAUUACACUAAAUGACACAUGAUCCGUUAUUUUUUAAGGGACAGCUGAAAGGUAAAAUAUAUUGGAACGCCGUACCCCAGUUUGGAGUUAAGGAAUGGGCGAGAACUAGCUGGUAGCUUGCUGGUAUAUAAUCUAAUAAGCAUAUGUAAGAGAAAUGUAGUUCUUAGAUAGUGUUCUGAAAUGUUAUGAAGAUACACUCUCAUUCCACCUUUUAUUUAUUUGUAAUGUCAUUUUUUAUUUUAUAUAUUUUUUUGGUACGAUUAAGGGAAAAUGCCUGGAUGGAGAUGUCUGUCUGAUGAGCAUACACUUGGUCAAAAAGCACUUGGAAAGCAGUCCAUUCAUUUGGGAAUGCAUUCUGCUCAGUGUCCACUAGGGGAUGCUGCAUGUGUCUCACACGUGUCACCAGUGUUGUACCUUGGUUCUACCUAAUUGUGUUCCCUGGCAACUGUGAACUAUUCCCACACUGUUGUGACAUUCCAAGCCAGAACCUCCCAGCAGGCAUGGAGAUGUCUGUUACAGUAAUAGCGUUUUUGGGCAGAGUAGUUGUCUUUCACGUAAACAACAGCUGCUGUCCACGGCACCAGCAUUGGUGUACAGGUAUAAUGCAUUUGUUUCACUUGUAUUUGUAUUUGUGUGUGUGCUCGGGCGUGCGUGCGUGCAGUUUAUGUGGAUCUCGUCUUUCAUUACAAAUGUAAAACAUUAUUUUAGCGCAGUGUCUUUGUCUUCUUUCCCACUGCCUGACAAGUGGCAGUUAAGUUCUGUCAAGUACACCAGGACCAGACAUUUGGAAGGGAAGACUUCUUUGUUACCCUCACACGGCACCUCUUAAAAGAAAUGCGUGAACUUGUAUCCGACAUGUUGUCUUCCGUCUUUGAUGUUAAAAUAGGAACAGAACAGGGUGUGCUUGACAGUUUUGUUUUCCCUGAAAAUAAAUAACUUUAUCUUAA